UAUCGUUGCGAAUCGGUCGCGGAACCUGUCUUUACCUAGAGCUACCAUGAGCAAGCGGAACCGGGUAUCGUACGUACGGCCAGCGGAGCCAGCGUUUCUGGCCCGCUUCAAGGAACGGGUCGGCUACAGGGAGGGACCAACCAUAGAGAGUAAGAGAAUUCAGCCUCAGCCCCCAGAUGAAGAUGGGGAUCACAGUGACAAAGAAGAUGAACAGCCUCAAGUGGUGGUUUUGAAAAAGGGAGACCUGUCAGUUGAAGAAGUCAUGAAAAUUAAAGCAGAAAUAAAGGCUGCCAAAGCAAAUAAAGGCAAAAUAAUGAGGAGAAGGAAGUUCUUAAAAAUUCUGGUUUUGCUCAGAUGAAGAACCAGCCCCAGCUGAUGGAAGAAUCAUAUACCGAAAACCAGUCAAGCGUCCCUCAGAUGAAAAAUAUUCAGGUUUAACAGCAAGCUCAAAAAAGAAGAAGGCAAAUGAAGAUGAAAUAAAUCAGGACUCGGUCAAAAAGAGCUCACAAAAACAAAUUAAAAAUAGUAGCCUCCUUUCUUUUGACAACGAAGAUGAAAAUGAGUAAGUGUAAAUAUUUUGAAUUUAGUCUACUUUGAAAGUAUAUGGAGUGUUUUUUAAAAUAACAUUUUUUCCUAUUAUAAAGAUACUACAAGUUCCUUAUAGAAAGUUUAGGAAAUAGAGAAAAAAAUUUAAUAAACUACAUCUAUUCAUCAAUCAGAGGGGUAUUGACCCCUCUGACUUAAAAUGCCAACUCUAUAGAAAUUAGCUAGUAUUAACAUUUUGUUAUUUCCCUUGUGUGGUUGUAUAUGUAUGUAAAUUAUAUUUUUAAGCAAAAUACAUUUUUUUGUGUGUAAACAAAAUUUUAUAAAUACAGUUGUGUUGCAAAUGUUCUUUGUCCUGCUUCUCACUUGACAUUGCAUUAUGAGUAUUCUUCCAGGUCAGUAAAUUUCAAAAACCGACAUUAAUAGCUACAGAGAAUUUCAUAAUCUCAUUGUAUCUUUUUCAUUAGCAAUAGCUCCACUUUGGGUGGGGGAGAUAAUAAUGUGCCUUGUUAAAAUACCUCCCUAACUCCUGCUAAGGGUGGCCAUGAGACUCAGCUCUGGCAAGUUAAGAAAUACAGGUGGAAUUCUGCUUGAUAAAGCUGCUGGGUUUUUUGAUACAAAAGGACAGACUUGGCAAGCAUGAGCCUUUGCUCUUAUCUGUUCAUCCUACUUGGAAUGCAGAGAUAAAACCUGAGUAGCAGAGCCAUUUUUAGACAUAAGGAAGGCAGCCAUGUGCUUUGGGUCAUGUUAGUAAAAAGACUCAGAACUUGGCUCCUUGCUGACAUGCCUCCAGGAGCUGCUACACCAGCUUGGAUUGCUGACCUCUGACUUCUUGGUAGUGAGAAGAGUAAACACUGUGCUUAAUUAGGCCUCGGUCAGGUUUCUCUUAUAUGUAGCCAAAUGCAGUCCUAAAUAAUACAAUAAAUAACUGGUCAAACUGUUACUGGUGGAGGGUGUCCAGGUUCUUGGCAUUUUGGACAAAUAAUUGGACAAAACGCACAAAGCAAUGAAUAUCCUCUAGAGGUUUGUCAUUGGUUACUUGGUAUACACCCUAUGUAAAUGAAGUAGUGGCCCGUGACCUGUCUGAUUGGUGCAGAAAGUGACCAAUCAGAGGCUGAAGGGAAGUUAGAAAGUUAUACUCCUGUGUAAAUGAAGACUUGGCCUAUGACCAGUCUGAUUGGUUGCAGGAAGGGACCAAUCAGAGGCACUUACGUUUUUCAUCUGCAAUGCAGAAAAGGCAAGGAGAUUGCAAAGGGAAUAGCCUCUCAUCCUUUUGUUACUUAGGUAUGGAGAGGUGGGGUUUCCUUUUGAUUCAGUUCUAGGAAGUCAAUGUGAAUCAGCCUUAGGUUCCCUGCCUCCAGACCCUAUUCUCCUGCCUCAUUUUCCCCCUGAGAGAGGUGAUCCUCAUAAAUCUUUAUGGGAGGCUAAGAGACUGAGGGUCUUUCUUCUGUAACUGCUUCAUGCUAACUUGGGACAUACUCCCUACCUAUUAGAGAUCACGUAACUCUCACCCUGCUUUGUCUAGUGGAGACAGGGUAGCUUCUUGAUGGCCGGUGGGGUGUUCACCUGAAACUGGCUAGAAAUCUUGUCAUAUGAUCAUCUAACUUGGUGGUCUCUAGGCAAAGGGAAAUGGAUUUAGUUAAAAGAUUUAACAAAUAUGAUCCAAAAACCAAGGCAAGUAUAAUCAUUAAUAAUGGGCUGGCCAAGGGAGGGAACCAUGAAACCCAACUUAGUGCCCUUUAGCUGCCCCAUGACCCGACAACUGUUACCAUAUUUUGGAGGCCCAGUCAGCUAGUUUUCAGGUGGUGUCCCUUACAAACCCUGAUUGCUUGACGUCAAAACAGCAUUCUUCUAGGAAAAAGACAUAAGCCAUCUUUUUCAGUGGCUAGGAAAUCUAGUUCCCUUUGAUUUUGCGAAGCGACCACUGCCAAGGAGCCUAUCUGAUUUUGUAAGGCGACGAUACUUUGAGCAAUGUCAUUUAAGCUUUCCAUAAAAUCCUUGGACACGCGUUGGUAAUAGGAUAGGGAAGUUGCAGUCCCGCUAACUCCUAUUCCUACCCCUGCUGUUAUUCCUAGCCCUUGUGUCUUGGUGGUUGCAGUUAAAGGUAUAAUGAGGGAUUGGUUGUUGGGAGCUAUAUUAAUUUCAGGACAUACAAAGACAAAUCACAGCAGAACCAAUCUAACUUCAAAAUAAGCUUCAGUCCUGUAUACUUGGCCUGAUUACCCACACAAAGUGCAACAAGAAUCGUUGUCCAUAUAGACUCUCCUAGAUUGGCUUUGCUGGAACAUUUCACAAGGCCAUUUCAGUCAAAGUCCUGAGAAAGUAACCGGUUUCUUCAAUUGUGUCCUAUUACAAAAGUAAACGUGGUUAUUAAUGUUAUACAAACAAAUACCAUGAAUUAAGAAUAUUCAUAAAUAGUUUACAAAUUCUGGAGAAAUUAGAAUACUCUAUAUACUUAAAGUAUAUUUCAAGGCUAUAAAUAGUUCAAACUAAAAAGAUUAUUCAGACUGAAAAAACAAAAAGAAUUAGCAAUAUUUCAAACAACAAAAGCCAUACAAAUUAUUUCAGUCUUCCAUUAGUUCAUUUCAGUCCAUCGUAAUCAACUCCUGCUCUACUUCAUAUUCAUCUUUAUGAACACAUCAGCCUUUCAAUUAGUGCCUUGGAAGUUUUCUGUCUAAUCCAAUGGCACACUCUCCAAAGUUAUCAGAAACCUGCAUUCAAGAGUUCUUUUCAUGAACUCCUCCAAAGAAGUAAGCCUUGGACUGUAGCUGAGUAUAAGUCACUUUUUUUUUUUUUUUUGAGAAGGAUCAAAGCAAAACAUCAAUUAUGGAUGACAAAAGUUUUAAGACAGCCAUAAAAGACACAGUUGACAAAGAAAUUUGGUUAUUUCUGUGGCUUACAACAAUUUUAACAUCAUCAUUACAACAUAUAUUAAGACAUCAGAAUUUUAGAAAUCUCAUAAAACCCUGGAACACAUAUUAACAACAAAUCUCUAUCAGUAUAACCCAAAAGAAGCUAAACACCACCUCACACUUGACAAUGUUUCCUGUAUGAUUCUAACAUUACAAAUGAGCCUAAUAUAUCACUCUUGGACUUCAGGAAGCCUGAUAUCUAAAAAGUUAGUUUAAGGUCAAAAGUUUUCGAAUUAACUUUUUUCCAUUAGUAUGGUCAUAUUUUUCUUACUAAUUUGUAAGUUAUGUAAUUUAUCAAUUUUUUGUUGUUCUGUUCCCCAACCUCUAUGUCAGAUAAAGAAUCACCCAGGCCAGAUACAAUGGCUCAUGCUUGUAAUCCCAACACUUUGGGAAGCCAAGGUAGGAGAAUUGCUUGAAGCCAGGAACCUGAGACCAGCCUGGGCGACAAAGCAAUACCCCUAUCUCUACAAAAAA